AUGGACAAAUUUGCAAAUCACAAGAAAAACAAACUUGAACACUCAUUUUUGGAAGAUGAAGAAGACUGGACCGGACCGGAGCGGAUGAAGAUCAUAGGAGUUUCAGAUAAGAAGAGCAAUUUAUGUUCUGAUGGAGAAAUGUCCUUAACAUCAAGAGGGCGACUGACAGCACAAACUUUUUCCUGCAUCGCCAAUGGAGAGACAUUGAGCUCACUGAGACAUUUAGAGAGAAAACACACAGAACAGAAACUCUUCACCUGCAGGAAAUGUGAGACCAACUUUACUACCUUACAAGAGAAGAAACUUCAUUUAGAAGAGCACAGAGAGAAGAAGAAGAAGUUGUUUAACUGUCAGCAGUGUGGGAAGGUUUGUAGCUCUUCUUUUAAUCUAAAAGUUCACAUAAGGACACACAGUGGUGAAAAACCUUUCUACUGCACUGAAUGUGGCAAAUAUUUCAGCAGCAAACAAAGUCUUGUUGCUCAUCAGACAAUUCACACAGGAGAAAAACCAUACGAGUGUUCUCACUGUGAGAAGAGAUUCAGCCUCAAAGCCCAUGUGAGGAUACACAUGCGUUUACACACCAAUGAGAGACCGUAUCAGUGUAGUCAAUGUGAAAAAACCUUUACACAGUCAAGCAUUUUAAAAUCACACCAAAAAACACACAGUGAAGAGAAACUCUUUCAAUGUUCACACUGUGAUAAACGUUUCAAGCUGAAAUCUCAUCUGAAAUGUCACGAGAGGAUUCACACUGGAGAGAAACCUCAUCUCUGCUCACACUGUGGUAAGAGCUUCUCGGAUCCAUCUCAACUCAGACUUCAUCUGAGAGUUCACACUGGAGAGAAACCGUAUUACUGUAAAGAUUGUGGCAAGAGUUUCAGUCGACAUCAAAUUUUAGUGUCACACCAGAAAAUUCAUACAGGUGAAAAACCUUACAAGUGCUCUGAGUGUGAGAAGACGUUUGCUCAACCACAUGCCCUGAAGACCCAUCAGAGACUUCAUACUGGAGAGAAACCAUACCAGUGCUCCAUCUGUGGAGAGAGAUUCACUCAUUUAGGAAGUUUUCAUACUCACCAGAAGAAACAUGCAAAGGAACAAGCUACACUUGAAUCAUCAUAG